AGAUGAAACAUCAUUAUGAAAGUGAUGAAGAUGAGGAGGAGCUGAAAGUAAUGGAUUUAGAAAUAAUUAGAUAGGAGAUGUUAUAUAAGGGAGAUUCAGUAUAAGUUAGAAAAUAGGUGAGGGUUCUUUUGGGUAGGUCUAUAAAGUGAUAGAUUAAAAGAGUGGAGAUUAGGUGAUGGCAAUGAAAGUAGAAGUAGAGGAAGAGGAUUAUAGUAUGUUAGAGAAGGAAAUAAAAGUAUUGAUAGAAAUGAGGUAGAGAUUAAGAUGAUAAUGAUUAGGAAAAAGACAGGAUUCCCUUAGAUAAAAUUUUAUGGAUAAGAAAAGAGAUUCACAUAUUGUAUAAUGACAAUGUUAGGGAAGAAUUUGGAAUCUGUAGUGAGAAAAUGUGGAGGAAAUUUUGAUUUAGGAACAUCAUUAAAGAUUGCAAUUCAAGUUAGUCAUAGAUACAAUAUAUAGUGAAUAGAUGAUCGAUAGAAUCGAAACCCUCCAUAAUAGUCGAUUUUUACAUAGAGAUAUAAAACCUGAUAAUUUUGUACUUGAAGCAGGGCCAUCACCAAAAUUGAUAUAUUUGAUUGAUUUUGGAUUGUCUAAACAUUAUAUUGUAAAAAGAUAUAGUAAAGAUAGAAUUCAAAAGGGGAUCAUAUUUAGUAUAUAAAGAAAGCAGGUUUAAUAGGAACUGCUAGAUAUGCUAGUAUAAGUGCUCAUGACGAGAUGGAAUAAGGAAGAAAAGAUGAUUUAGAAAGUAUUGGUUAUGUUUUGAUCUAUUUGGCAAGUGGUACACUUCCAUGGAUGAAUUUAUAAAUUGAAUAGAAGGAUCUAAAAUAUGCUAAAAUACAUCAUAUGAAGAAAACAAUUAAACCUGAUGUUUUAUGUGCUAAAUUACCUAGAGUAUUUUAUUAGAUUAAUUAAUCAGUGUUUCACUAAGUUUAUGUUAGAUGUCAGAGGAUAUGAAUUUAAAUAAUAACCAAAUUAUUAACUAUUAAAAAGUUAUUUCUAAGAAGAAUUAGAAUAAAUGCAAAAAGAAAGAAAAGGAUAAUUUUAAUAUGAUUGGGAAAAAUUACCUGAAUAUUAACAAAAGAAAAAGCACCUUACAGUUCAUAUUAUGUAAUAAAGUAGUAAAGAGGAAAAAGUUAAUGUAAUAAAAUAGAAGGAACCAUCAAAACCAAAUGCUUAGACUUUUGAGUAAAUUAUGUAAGACACAAAGAAAAUGAAAAGUACUAAAAAAACAACAAGUCAUAAGACUAAAAAGAAAGAUCCUAUUAUGAUAAAUAUAGCAGAACCUGAAUGUCCUGCUUAAAUGCCAUCAUUUGGAAUCUUAAAUCUAAAACCAUUUCAAUAAUAAAAUUCUUUUUUACAAAUUCCUUAAUUAAACUCAAGUGGUAUGAUAGAUUAUUUACCUUCUUUAAAUCCUUCAGUUGCAACAUCUAAAAUGAAUAAUUAUCAUUAAAGUGAAGAUGUUGUAAGUGAAGGUCGUUUGCCAAUAUGGGAAUUAGGAGAUGGUCAAAUUCCAGGUUUUCAAAAAAUGAUUGGUUAUGUAACAAAAGGAAUAAAAAAACCAAAUGCAGAUUUUUAAAGAAAAAGUAGAAAGGCUCAUACAUGUAUGAAAUAAUGUGUAUUUAUUAUUUAGAGAUUGAUACUAUAAAAAAAAUGUCUUAAAAUUUAGUUCAACCUAAGACUAUUCAAGGAGAUGAUGAAGGGAUUCCUGAAGGAUUAGAUUGA